CAAGGGGAAGCAAGAACUUGAGGCACUCAUAAUACAUCGCAUCGGACAGACACCAUAAUACAUCGGGCAGACAUCUCCCCCUGUAUCAGGAAGGGGCGCUAUGGAGCUGUUGAGGGGAGACAUCCAUCUGAUGGUGUGGGUGACGGCGGCUGUGCUCCUGCUGACAUUGCUGCUCUUCUCCACCGUCCCCUUCCUGGCUGAUUACAUUCGGAAAUGGAAAAUCAUGAAGCCAAUCCCCGGAGUGGGUCCCAAUUACCCCCUGGUGGGGGACGCCCUGCUGCUGAAGCCUAAUGGAGGAGAUUUCUUUCAACAAAUCAUUGAAUACACUGAGGUACUACGAGAUCUUCCACUGAUUAAACUGUGGAUUGGUCCUCUGCCUUUUUUAAUAGUCUAUCACGCUGAAACUGUAGAGCCUAUACUUAGCACCUCAAAACACAUGGACAAGUCCUUUGCAUAUAAAUUUCUUCAUCCUUGGCUUGGAUUGGGACUAUUGACAAGCACUGGAGAAAAGUGGAGAUCAAGAAGAAAGAUGAUAACUCCAACUUUCCAUUUUGCUAUCCUUGCCGAAUUCUUGGAAGUUAUGAAUGAGCAGUCAAAAAUAUUGGUGGAUAAGCUUAACACUCGUGCUGGCAAAGGAAAAUUUAACUGUUUCAUGGAUAUAACACUGUGUGCUUUGGAUAUAAUAUGUGAGACGGCCAUGGGAACGAAAAUUCAAGCACAGAACAACAGUGACUCUGACUACGUAAAGGCUAUCUAUGAAAUGAGUGACAUGAUACACCGUCGGCAGAAGAUGCCCUGGUUGUGGCCAGAUUUUGUGUACUCACGCCUGAAAGCCGGAAGGAAUCACGAUAAAAACCUGAAAAUCCUCCACUCAUUUACUGAUAAAACCAUUUUAGAAAGAGCACAAGAAUUAAAAAAUGCUGAAGCAUCUACCAAUGGUAGUGCAGAAUUGAAAAAACCCAAAAAGAGAAGUGCCUUCUUGGAUAUGCUUCUUAAAGUGACAGAUGAGGCUGGUCAUACUUUGAGCCACAAGGACAUCCGUGAAGAAGUUGACACCUUCAUGUUUGAGGGUCAUGAUACAACUGCUGCUGCUCUAAACUGGUCCUUAUUUUUAUUGGGAUCCCACCCAGAAAUCCAGGCAAAGGUGCAUAAAGAGCUGGAUGAGACUUUUGGUCAGUCUGAUCGGCCAGUGACAAUGGAUGAUCUGAAGAAGCUGCGCUAUCUUGAAGCAGUUGUUAAAGAAGCGCUCAGGAUUUACCCUUCAGUUCCAUUCUUUGCCAGGACCAUCACUGAAGAUUGCACCAUCAGAGGGUUUCAUGUACCUAAAGGUGUAAAUGUUGUAAUUGUACCAUUCGCGCUGCAUCGAGAUCCAGAAUAUUUCCCUGAGCCAGAGGAAUUUAGACCAGAACGAUUUUUUCCUGAGAAUUCAAGCGGACGUAAUCCUUAUGCAUAUAUACCUUUCUCAGCUGGGCUUAGGAACUGCAUAGGCCAACGAUUUGCUUUAAUGGAAGAAAAAGUUGUUCUAUCUACCAUCCUGAGAAACUUUUCCGUAAAAGCCACCCAAAAGAAGGAGGAACUUUGCCUGGUGGGAGAACUUAUUCUGCGUCCACAGGAUGGCAUGUGGGUUGAGCUGGAGCACAGAACACCCAGCACUGCUACCCAAACCUUGUGAAGCAACAUCACUGUGUUAACCUUAACUUACUAAUACUUUAAUUGUUAUUCAUUGUAAAUAGCUCAUUCUGUCUGAUUGUGACACAUGGGAAUAAAUAUAAAUUGUCCUAGGCACUGGAUAUUUUAUUGACGUUAAAAGACAGGUAGACAAUAUGCAAUUCCUGAUGCCUUACAAGCCCCCUUGUUCCAUGGGCAAUAUUGCAUGUACCUCAGACCACAAAAAUGCAACAUUUUUAUACAUUGUUGGUUACACUUAGAAUAGGAAAAGGAUCAGGCACUCCAUCAGUUGUAAAGGUCUGUAGCAUUUUAUUCAUUGUUUUGUUAUUCAGUUGUACUUAAUCAAAAUAGACAGACAUAAAAAAAUAUAUAUAAAUAUCUGGUGAGGUAGUGAUGAUGUGCACAAUACAAUACCCAAUCAGAAUACUGCAUAAUGUGAGCAUUGCUCUAUGUAGUGCCUUGUACAAUAAAGAGAAUUGUAAUUUUUCUUGAAAC